AUGGGUGCUUGUCAGGCCAAAGAGUCCCAAGUUAAGAAGUCGGCGGCCCCCACGAAGACCCAGACUAUUUCCUAUACCAGCCGCAACACAAAGCCAACCCAGAAGACCGUCGGCAACGCAAGCCCUGGAGCAUCCCCGCGGAGUUAUGAUCAGCAUUCAGGAGCAGAACAGUACCUGCGCUCACUCCUCGAGGGAGCGGAGGCGGUCUUAGGCGGUGGAUUUCACUUCAAUUCACCGGCAGAGCAACACUAUGUCACUUUGACCUUCAUAAAUUCAUGUGUAGAGGUUACGCGCACAAAGUUCCGCCUGAAAGUGGAGGUUGUUGUUGAAAUCGUCACAAAAAUUGCGCGUGAACUUAAACUUAAGACCAUUUUAAAGGUUGUGCCCGAUGUCAAGGAAUGCUGCGUGGAUGACGGAUUUGCUCGUCUUCUUAACGCGUGGUCUGUGGAUCAUACUGGCCUCUCAAAAGCAACGCCUGCGAGUGCUGGAAAAUCAGUUGUGGAUAGCAAAGGAACGAAAAAUAAUAAUCAUACACAGAGUAGUUUCUUGAACAAUCUAUCCUCCCACCUGUACUCAGCGACCAUGGUGCCAACAACGAUGGAUAUAUUUCCUACCUUCGCACAGGGAGGGGACAUCAUGAAUGAAGAGCAGUUUGGAAAAUUUCUUCGGGAGACACAACGCAAUGAUGUAACAGACAGCCAAGUCAUCGAGAAGUACAAAUACCGCUUUGGAGGGGCGAUUCAUAGAUACAACUUCAACACUUACAUGGGAAGCUUGUUGACCAACAACGCUCUAGAUCCAUUACGGACGGCAGAUGCUUGGCAGGACAUGACACAACCGUUGACUCGUUAUCUGAUCAAAACAACGCGCAUUGAAAGCAAAAAUGAUCUCGCGAGAGCCCUGACAGACGGCUCUAGGGCAUUUGUGUUGAAUCUGAAUAAAAACGAAGCCGGCGUGCUCUUUAGCGGGAGCUGUCCACUGAAUGAUAUUUUGGUGGGUAUAAAGACAGAAGGAUUUUUGGGUAGCCCAUAUCCCAUUCUCUUGUGUUUGUCCCCGAACAACAACAUGCCCGUAAAACUGAAAGAUGAGCUGGCCGAGAAUCUCACAAACGUCCUUGGGCCCAUGUUGGCCAAAGGCCUUAUGUUUGAGGGAGCCAUCAUAAGCGAUCCAAAAUUCAGCCCUGCGGCACAACGAAAAAAAGUACUUGUUCUUGGAUAUCAGAGCAAACUAAAACCAUUUGUUGGCUGCCUAGUGGCAGACAUGAACCGAGAUGGUCUUGGCGUGCGCGUGACAGAUGUCCUUAAUGGCACCCCGGCCGCGAAGGGUGGAUUGACGAGGGAUGACUGGUUGACUCAUCUUAACGGUGUGGCUAUCAAGAACAAGCAACAUAUGCGUGAACAACUUUCCAAACUAAAACUCGGUGAGGAAUUCACAUUGCGAAGGGAGAAUUUGGAGGAAAUCAAGAUAGUCGUGGGAGGCACAGUUGACGCAGAAGACAAGAGUGAAUCAACCACCCUAUCGAAUAUCUUGUUUUUGAAAUACACGGCGAAAGAUAACCCUGGACCAUGGGAAACACAGAUCUUCACGGCAAAAACCAUUCAUGGCCCGGCAGUGAGUAGAAAAAAACUUGACGACCAUUUUGCCUUUUAUUCUAGCGAAAGGGGCACUGACAAUGUGGAUUAUGUUGACAUUGCCACUCGCAUGGGAAUUCAGCUGAUCGACAGUGGGAAGACCUGUCAAUAUCCUACGUGGGCAAAGGGCCGUUUCGUGGACAAUGGACACACCGGUUAUCUUAUCAAGAGUGAUACGGAAGAAAAAGGAACCGUGAAUGUGACGGUAGACAUUAUUGCUGGCCCUCUGGAGAUCAAUGGACCGCCCUUGAUAAAAGGAACGGCCCGCGUGUACGGCACUGGCUCUGCCCGUGUAGAUGAGAGGAAAGUUACAUUGAAGGGAUGUAACGAUGCAACGGUGGCAGUGAUUGAGUGUGAGUUUGCGCAAAAUGGCGGCUCGUUUUGCUUUACUGCCGCUUUCCCUCCAGCGCUUUUGCGCGACGGGUAUCGGGUUUUGCCGCUUGAGCAGACUGGAGGCCCCAAAGACCUUGGGGUAUCCACAAUUGGUGCGUACUGCUUCAUUCGUCGGAAUAAGUAA